CUGCACGUGAAGAGUGGGCUUGACUUUGGGAGUUUGAAAGUGGAGAGAGACACAGUGAGGCUCCCCUGCUCUCAGUCUCUCGCCAGGGAAACAUCCCAGUUUUAUCAACCUUAAUCUGACUUCAGACUGUCCCAGUGACAUUUACAUCAGUACUGGAGAUACCGUGAGGAAACAUAAUGCAAAGUCUCACUACGGGCGCGCGCACGCUGCCGGAUGUAGUCGCUGAUUUUCUAUGAAGAAUGUUUUAUUUUUCGCAUCUUCGCUGUAAUCGGACAUCGAUCAUGAAUUGUGUUUGUAAGAACAGUCGCCUGCAAGGUGCUUGAAAUCUAAGGAAUAAAAGUUACUUGACGGAUUAAUUUGACAUGGAUUCAGUUGAUGAAUAAAUCACAGUCGAUACCAAUAUAUGUUAUCCUGUCACUCAGAUUUUUGUAAUUUUUGCUAAAAGUCCGAUGGACCGAGCACCUUCACACAAUAAUAUACACGCACAGAGGAAUUAAUGAAGAAUUUAUUGUUCUGGAUAAUAAUCAGACAGGGCUUGGAAAUCUCACAAUGAGGCUGAACUCAUCGUGGUUAGGUUACAUAUUACUUCAAUUUAUCACCCUGUGUUUUUACACUCAGAUGACGAUGCAGUCCGUCUCUUUACCCAAUUUUAAGCACCAUGUAACGGAGCAGAGUCGUCUGUCGGACAGGAUGAGUCGGAGAUUAACAAGGACUUAUCAGCUCUAUAGCCGGACUAGUGGUAAACAUGUACAAGUCCUGGGCAAUAAGAGAGUCAACGCCAACGGCGAGGAUGGAGAUAUUCAUGCUAAACUUGUUGUGGAAACCGACACAUUUGGAAGCCGGGUUCGAAUCAGAGGAGCAAAAACAGCCUACUACAUUUGCAUGAACAAGAGAGGCAAGCUUAUUGGACGGAGGAAGGGCCGUGGAAGGGACUGUAUAUUCACAGAGAUUGUUCUGGAAAAUAACUACACGGCUUUGCAGAACGCUAAGUACAAAGGCUGGUACAUGGCCUUUACACGCAAGGGGCGACCUAGGAAAGCCAUGCAGACCCAGCAGCAUCAGCGAGAGGCCCAUUUCAUGAAACGUCUUCCUCGAGGACACCUGUUAACAGAACAGAAGCCUUUUGAUUUAAUCCCAUAUCCCCCUAACAAGAGGACUAAGCACCAUCAGCGCACAAGCGUGAAUUGAGGGCAGAUUCGUAAUGUAUACUACCGGAGUGCUAUCUUAAUUUGAGUUUAUCUAAUCUAUGUGCAUCCAGAGUUACUGGACAUCACGCCGAACUGAUGUGUAAAAAUGAAGGAGAUGAAUCACAGUAUGGAGGACAGUUUGUUCUGGGAUAAUUACUGAACUGUUGACUGAAGAGAGGACACUGUAAACCUUGUAAUAAUGAGCAACACAGCACUGGGAAUGAAGCAAGACAACAGAAUACACGACACACAUACACUGUCAGAAAAAUGUGCAAAAAUUGUAUCUUUAGGGGUACGGCGGCUUGUCACUGGGGCAGAGCCCUCAAGGCAAAACAAUUGUUUUAUUCCAUAACAUGUUUUAUUUCAGUUUCAUAAAAAACUGCACAUUUACAGUCCAUCCAUGCAUCUGCAGAUACCAAUUACAAUACAUAUAUUUAAAGCUGUUUUUCUCAAAAUGAGUUUUUCUCCGCCUCAGCAAAAGUGACAUAGACUAAACUUUACUGUUUUAUUCAUAUCUAUAUUCUGAAGGUUUUUAUAGAGGGGUUGUUUCAUACAUCAUUCUUCUGAUUUAUAUGCAAACUAUAUAUAUAUAAAAAGUUGGUUAUUUAUUUUAUUUUUUUGGCUGUUGAAAGUAUUUUCUAAUUUAUGGAGUGAUUAAAAAAAUAUAUAUAUCCAAAGUCCUGUCUAAAAAAAAACUUAAAUAUGUCAAAUGAAACUGAAUUGAAUAGUGACACAUUUGCAUUUCAAAAAACUUGUAAUGCUAAACAAUUCCCUUAAUGUACUGUGAUAAAUCAACUGGGGAAAGUAUGGUGAUAUUGAAUUAAUAUUAGAUAUAUAUUACCUGUUUACCCCUAAAAGGUUCAUAGUAGUAACCAAAGGGUACAUAUUGCUACUCUAAGGCACUAAUUUCCACCUUUAACAGUGCGUUGUAAAAGCUAUUGUUCAAUUUUUGCACAUUUUAUUCUGACAGUGAAUAUGGCAGCUACCUACUGAAGUUCCCAAACAUAUGCAGAUGCACACCGACUCCAUGAUGUUUAGUGAUAUUAUCAAAAAGUCAUCUUUAUUGUUUGUACAUGACUAUAUAUUUUUAUUGGAAGAUUGUAAAAUACUUAAAAAUGGAAAUAUUUAUUUUAGAGUGUGUAUUAAAUUCAUGUAAAAGUAUUGCUAUAA